AUGGCUUUUUGGAAUUUAUCUGAUACCCAACGAGCGGGUGCGGGCCUUAUAGGUUUUGCAUUUUUUUUUAUAUUACUCGGUUUUACAUUAUUUUUCGAUCGAGCUCUAUUAGCAUUAGGCAAUAUUCUUCUUAUUGUUGGUCUUGUAUUAUUAUUGAGUGUAGAUCGAGCAAAGACAUUUUUUACUCAACCGGAUCGCUAUAAAGCUUCGUUAUGUUUUUUUGCGGGCAUUAUAUUAUUGUUAUUACGUUGGCCAAUUGUUGGACUUAUUCUAGAAAUAAUUGGUUUUUAUAAAUUAUUUGGAGGUUUCAUUUCACUUAUUAUCAAUGUUUUAAAAAGUAUACCUGGUUUUGGUUUAAUCUUAUCGUUACCAUACAUAUCUAACAUUGUAAAUUAUCUAGAUGGUCUUUCGAAAGAGUCAUCAAUUAGUCAAUCAAAGCCACCUGGUCGACCAGUGACUAUCGGACACGAACUUAUGUGGUCAGAAAACACUGCUAAAAAUGUAGGACGAUUUCAAAAGCCGGACACUAAUUUCUCUCGUGCCCACUAUCAAACUCCGUUAGAUUCUUGGUGGUCGAAAAGACAGGUUGAACAACUUUAUCCGGGUGUCCGAGUUAAAAUACGUGCUAGGCAACAACCACGUUCAAAUUCGCGUGAGCAAUCACCAAUCCCUUUUCAUCCACAAGCAAUAAAUUUCAAUUUUCCAUCGGUUUCUUCUUGUCAUUCAUAUCGGCAAAUUAAUUCUACAUUUCAACCGAUUGUCAAUCGAAAUGCUGAAAAAUAUUCAUUAUUUCGUAGAACAAGUACGUCAGUCGACAGCGUUACACCCAUCAUCGGUCUCACAGACGAAAAAAAGCGUAUCAAAGCUUUGUUAAAACGUCUCUGGAUUGAAUCGGAAACAUCAGCCAUUGUUUGUAAUGGCAAUAGCUCACGUGUCGAUGAAUUUCUCAUAUGGAAAAGAAGCUUGUCAGAUCAUUCUCAUUUCAUAUUAGCAUCAUCAACAGAAAAACUUGUAGAAAAAAAUGAAUUGUCCAAGAUCAACAAUACUAAAAGCUCUGCUCAAGAACGACUUCCAAUAGAGAAGAAUAUUGCAAAACAGCAGAAUGUUAUGAUAAGAAACUUAUAUCCAAGUCAUGAUAAUACCCCAUAUGAUGCAGAAACAGAUUGUAUUCAAGCAUCUCGAAUAGCUCGGAUUGUUGCAUCUAACAACAAAAAUAAUUCUAACAAUAACUGUCAGCCUCCUCAAACAUUACAUAUUGAACCGCAAACAAUGAUUUCAAAAGAAACUAUUCAAUCGAUCACAACAGCAGUACCAUUACCAUUUUGUCAACAAACAAUACCUAAAGUCGAUUUGCCACUACAAGUACCACCUGUUUUAUCAUCAAAUUCAUUCGUUGCUAAUACUCGUACGAAACAGUUUGUCAAACGUUCCGAUACUCAUUUGCUAUCUAAAACUAAAGUAAAACCGAUUGAUGAUCUAGAUACAUCCAGUUCAAAAUCAUCAACAACAUUCAAUAAUACAUUAGUUAAUUCGAGUGAGACAAUUACGAGUUUGUCUUCGUCACACAUUCAUCAUGCAGUAACAACAUAUCGCGAUAGUUCGUCAAGUGAAUCAUCUUCUUUACACAAUGACAAAACAGAUUCUCGAACAGAAUCUAUUCAAUCCCGAAAAAUAGUAUAUCGAAAAACAAAAUCCUAUUGUCAUCACCGUAGUGAAAACUACAAUAAUAACGCAAAUAAUGAUUGUUGCUCAGACACAGAGGGGUAUAGUGAACAGAAUUCACAGCAGAAAAAUUAUGGCAAAAAAGAAAUAUCAUGGUUAAAAAAUGACAGACAUAGAUAUUAUAAUGAUUUCGAUGUUUCAUUAGAAACACAUGGAAAACAACGACAACAAUUAUUGAAUACAACUGCAACAAACACACUAGACACGGAGGAAACAAAUAUCGCACAAGUUGAUUUAACAGCAAUAAGAAGAAAACAUGCAGUUCCAAAUAGUAUGUUAUCACCGGUGAAAACAAACUUAAUUACUCAAACUAAUCCGACAUGUUAUAUAUUAAAUAAUACAUCAAAAGAUUUGAAUUAUAACGCUCAAUAUUCAUAUAAACUGGACUAUCAACAGCAACAACCUCGACAAGGAUUUAUUCGAACUUUAAUUAAUAUGUUUUCAUUUUUUCAUCCAAAAGUACCGGAAGAUAAUCACCAAACAUCUAUAAAUUUAUCUAUGCCAACGGACACUGGCACAUCGCGAUGUCGAAGAAGGAGUAGAAAUAAUCGUGUACUAGAAUACAAUCAAACAUUCAAAAAUGAACUUCAACAAAAAGCCGGCGGACAAAUUGAAGACUUUAAUGUAAAUAGAGAUGAUGGAAGGGAGUCGUAUCACUCAAGAAGUGACAAAAUAGUCUCGAGAGCACAAUGGAAACGAAGUGGUAAAGUCUGUAACGAUGUUUCCACUCACUCUAGUCGAAGUGGAUAUCAUUCAGAUUCGCAAAUAUUGAAAAAAGAAAAAUUACAGCACAAACAAAAAAACAGCUAUCAUUCAAAAACUAAAACACAUCAACAACAUCGAGGAGCGAAACAAUCGUAUCAAGAACUAAUUUCUUCGUCAGCCAGUUGUGCUAGUUCAUCUAGUUCAAACGAAAAGACUGGUCAUCGAAAAAGUUCAAAUACGACAAUUCGGUUGAGAGAUUCAGAAAACAAUAAAACAGAAGUUGAUCAAGUUGAUACUACUACUCCAUCAGUGAAGCGAAAUAUUGAUAGUAAACUAAAAGAGAACAUUAAUGAUCAGCAAAAGGAGUCUAAUUUAAUUCAUGUUUUGUCUCCCACCUUAACACUGGAUGAGUCUGUAACAUCGAAACGGAAUAGUGUCAUUCAGACUCAAGAUGCUCUAAAUGGUGGUCUAUCAAUAAAUUAUAUAAGCUCGGAACCGUUUGAAGAACCUUGGCAACUCAUUCGAUCUCUUCCAGCAGAUCCCGUUUUUUAUCAGUUAAUGGGCAAACAUCAGUUGUCUACGACUGAAACAAAGAGUGACGAAGCAAUUGAAGUCUAUCCUUUGCCUACAGAAACGUUGUCAAAACAAAAUAUCAGAAAUCAUGAUAGUAUGAAUAUUGAUUAUACUGAUCAUUUUAAUUGCACACCAUCUUCUCCCUCAAUGACACAUGCGUCACAUCAAACAUCGUUACUCACCGAUCAAAUUUAUAAAUCAACAACACCAUUCUCGUCCUCUUUAAUUAAUCCACUGACUAUUUUCGAGAAAUCAAUUCAACAAGCUCGUAAAAAUCGUGAUUUAUUGUUAAAAAAUGAAACAAACGCAUUUGUUAAUCAUUAUCAUAAAGAGAAUCGUUCAUCAAUGAAAGAUUUUAACAAUCGUGAUAUUCAUGAAUAUAAUAAUAAUACUAAUAAUAAACAUUCAACAAUCAAAGUUAGAGUUAAAAGUAGAAAAUUAAUAUUUCCAAACUAUGAAAAUUCUACGAAUAAUCAUUCGAUCUAUUAUAAACCUGUUUUAGUUAAAUCAUUACCUGAUUACAAUCGUGUUCAACAAAUUAAAGAUACUUCAUCUAUUUGUAGUAUUGAUAAUUCUGUUCGAUUACACCAAAUGAAUAUUGUUAAUGAAUUUAAAAAUAUUUUAAAACAAACAAAAGAAACAUAUUGUACAGAAGAACACACAAUCCAUUCAAAUAAUAUUAAUAAUAAUGCAAAUAUUUCGGAUACAGAUGAUCUAGAAAAAGAACUACAAACAUCGUUAAGCGUCAUUUAUACCGAACAACAAUCUACAACAUCAAAAACAUCCUCGUUAAAAUUAAUUCAUAAUCAUAAAGAAAAAAAAAGUUUAAAAUCAAAAAUUAAAAAUAUUUUUCGAAAAAAUAAUGAAAAAUUAAUAAAUGAAAAUUAUGAUGAUGCUGACAAAUUUUUUAGAAAGGGUAAAAAUUAUCAAAAUUUUCCACAAUAUUUUACGGAGGCUCUUGAUUACGGAUACGAAAAGUCUGUUCAUUUAACGCCUAUUACUACUACUAAUCUGAAUAAACCCUAUUCUAAUUCAUUAGUAAUAGAUAAGUCGGAGAAUAGACGAGAUAGUCCUAGAAAUACAUUGGUAUCAGAAGACGAUUCAUAUGAUGAUACUGAACCAGUAAAUUUGUUGCAAAAUCAAACUGAAAUUGUUCAACAAGGUGUUACGCAAUUAAUACGAUAUCAAAAACUUGCUGAACUUUAUGAUCUUGAAGGACAUAAAAAGACAAGGCAAUUUUUAAUGAAAGUACAAAUGUUGCCAUUGAUAAUAUUGGAUGAAUAUGAGUAUUAUUCAUUCAAACAACGUAUUGAUCAUAUAUUACUUCAUGAGAAUAAACUUUACAUUGGUGGAUCAACAUCGGUAGCCUCAAUUACACUUUCUAACUCAAGAGAAGAAGUUCGUGUAAAUGCAAGUAACUUAAAUAUCGAUAAUAAUGUUGUUAUUGCAAUAAAAUUAUUUUUAAUUAAUAUUGAACAUCAAAGUUUAAUUGUUUGUUAUUCAAAUACAUUUGGUACAUGCGAGGAACGAUCCAUUCAUAAUUUAAGAUUGCUCAAUUCAAAAUCAAUAUAUGUAGUACCAGAUGAUAUAUGGAAUAGUUCAACAGCUGUUAUUGGAAAAAUGUUUGGAAAUGUUUCAGUAAUAUAUGUUGCUCGAACAUUUACAUCUCAUCAAUUUUUACUUCCAUCUGAUUCAAUACCAGCUAUUGCAGCAAGAUAUCUUAAUCAAGAAAAUUUUAUGGAAAUUGUUGAAAAAAAUGAUGGUCUUAAAAAUAGUCGUAAAGCAAUUGUCCAUUUUAUGUAUCGUUAUGCACAAACAUUUAUUAUUAAUUAUAUAAAAGGUUUUACUAAUAUUAAACAAAAUUAUAUUUAUUAUUUAACUGUACAAAAAAAUGAUAUAAAAGGUGAACAAAUUAUUAGUAAAAUAAGUCGAUUUUGUUCAAAUUCAACUACUAUUGAUCUAUUACGUACUUAUAUUGAAAUGCCAUUAGUCUGUCGUACUGAUACCACAUUAUAUAAUAUUUUAUUAGCUGCAACAACAUUAAAUAUAGAACAAACAUCUGAACAAAUAAUAUUAGGUCUAUUUGGUAAAUCAAAGUUUAAUUCAACACAAAUUGAAAAAGAAGUAGCAAUUUGUUUAUUUAAAGUCAAUGAUAUAGACAAAGCAUUUAAUCAUAAUUUUAAGGCAUGCUAUGAGCAUGGUAUGCAGAAUCGAGGACUAGGUUUCAUUAAACCAGAUGAACCAUGUAGAAGAGAAAAAGAAAAUUUUGCGAAUGUAAAUUCAACAUAUUGUACAAUAGAUGAUCGUCUACCAUUUCCUAUUGGUGGUAAAACUGGUGUUCAAGGUAAAAUAUUAUAUGAAAAUGAUACUGGUCAAGUAGCUGGUACUGGAAUUAAAAGUUAUUUAACGAAUGAUGGAAUUAUUGGUGUUGCUGUUGGAUGGAGUGAUGGUUCACUCACAAUUGGUGAAAUAAAUGAAAAUGAACGAUUUAACAUAAUUUUCGAAGAAAAACUAUCAAAUAAUCCGAUAGGAAGUGAUAUUUUAUAUGAUUCAAAUCUAAAAUCUUUAAUAAUUCAUUCAAAUCAUUUGAUAUAUCUCUUUCCAACUGAUAAAUGUUCCACAAAACGAUCAUGUUUACAGUGUAUGACAUUACAAAACUGUCGUUGGUGUGAAACUUUGAACAGUUGUGUAUCGCCAAAAGUACGAUGCUCUUUCAAUUUCUCAUCCAAUUGUCCCAAUGAUGUAAAAUUUAUUUCACCAAACGAUGUGUUAAUUGAUUCAGAUGAACGAACAAUCACCUAUUUUAUUAAUGAUGAUGUUGAUGAUUUAAUGAUUUUGAUGUCUAAUAUAAAAUGCAAUUAUAAUUUUGAAAUUACAUCUAUGAUUUAUCUAUCAAAAUCAAAGAUUAUUUGUGCAUUACCUACAAAUAAUCAACAAUUUCUACCACCUGUUAAUUUGAGUUUAAUUCUUAUGCCACAUCAUAUCACAUUAGUUAAAAUCGAUAAUCAUUUAUUUAAGGAUUGUUCUAUGAUAAAAAAUUGUUUAACAUGUGAACAAAAUGAAUGUGUAUGGUACAUAAAUCAAUGUAUUGGAAAUUAUUUUAAAAUAAAUCGAACAAGAAUGUGUAAAGAUAUACCAAAAUUUUUGUCGAUUUUUCCAGAAAAUAUUCCUCUUGGUGGUGGUACGACGUUACAAAUUACCGUUGAAAAUAUCAAUAAUCACAAAAAUGAUAUUGCAGUAGUUGGUAUAUUUGUUGGUGAUGAUGCGUGCAUCGAUAUAGCAAUUAAUCAUACGUUAAUUCGUUGUAAUACAACGUUAUUAUCAAAAAUUGGUAAAACUAAUGUUACAGUCGCAUCUCACUCAUGGAUAUUACAAUCAACUGUUAAUAUAUUAGAUCCACAAGUUUAUUAUAUCAUUCCCUCCGUUGCGUCAAUUAAUUCAAAACGUGUUCAGUUUAACAUCACUGGUAUUCAUAUGAAUGCUGGACGGUUUCAUCAGGUUCGUAUAGAUGAACAAAAAUGUGAUAUUCAAUACAUCAAUUCAUCGUUGAUUACAUGUAUUAUGGCAAAUUUUGCUCAUUUUAAAAUAAAUCGAACGUAUAGUAUUAGUGUUCAAUUCGAUUCAACUCGUGUCUAUAAAUAUGAAGCGUUAACAAUAUUACCAGAGCCAAUUAUUAACCAAAUUCAGCCUCUUGUUAGUUUUAAUUCUGGUGGUCAUCUUAUCGUUAUUCAAGGAUUUUAUUUAUCUUCAAUUAGAUUACUUUCCAUUCACUUUCUAGUAAAUAAUUCAAAUGAAAUAGUAGUUAACGCUGAACAAGUAAAAUGUUCAUCAGAAAAUCGUAUUAAUUAUUCAUUAUAUGAUCUUCAUUGUUUCAAUUUUCGGACACCAUCAAUAAAUAUUAUUGAUAAAAUUCCAAUACAAAUAUCUUUUGAUACUACUCUAUAUCCCACACUAUUUUAUAUUCAUUAUUUUCAUGAUCCAAUUGUUACAUCGAUGCAUUCAUCAAUGAUAAAUAUACGAGAUAAUUUUAAUUAUAGUGUAGAAAUUGAAACAUAUUUGCCACUGUCUCAGAAUGACAUUAAACUAGUAACUGGAUGUACUGAAUUAAUACCAACAUUUUAUAAUCAAACAUCAAAAUCUACAACAAUAGUGAUCACUUAUAAAGUGACUCGUGCCAUUGUAUAUCAAUGUAAAAUGAAUAAUAGUAACAAUUUAUAUUUAAUCAAAUUAAAAAUUGAUUUGUUCGAAAAACCAUUAGGCUAUUUACAUUUCGAUGUGGAUCAUCUUCGUCUCAAUUGGUUACAUUUAUUACUCAUUACAUUAACAUCAUUCAUAUUUUUAAUGAUUAUUAUUAUAAUUAUUUGUCUUCUCCGACGUCCUCGACGUCAAAAAUUAAAUUCUCAUAGAAAAUCAUCACCCUAUUCUCAAGUUUAUCCAAAACAAACAUUAAGAAUUAAUCAACAAUUUUUAUCAUGUUGUAAAUUAAAAAGUACUAGAAAGAAACUUGAUUUAGAGAGAAAACAUUCAUUAUUGAUAGCUAAAGCAUGGACAGAUUCUAUUAAACGACAAAAUUCUGUAUAUUUCGGUAACAAUUAUAUCAUACCAGUAAGAUAUCGUUCUCCUCAAGAUUUGAUUAAAUAUUUUAUGUUAAAUAAUAGCAAAUUUGAUAUUGAUCGAAAAUUAUUGACAAUGUUUGAUGUUAAAAAUGCAAUGGAAUUAUUUUUUAAACUUCUUAUUAAUCGAACAUUUUUUACGGCAUUUUGUUCUACAAUUCACCAUAAUCAUGUUACAUUAGCAUCCACGCUUAUUUAUUUACUUUGUUUAACACUAUCCUGUGAACAAGUUGAACAAUACAUCGGUGAUUUUUAUCAUCUAAGUAGGAAAAAACAAAUUGUUGAACAAAAAGCAUUUGCAAAUGAAUUAAUACAAAAAUAUUUUCUCUAUAACAUUAUUCAAUUAAACUGUGUUGAUAGUUUUGGUUGUAUGGAUGUACUUUAUAAUGAAAUCAAAGAAGAAAUUUUUGUAGCAUUCUUCUUUGCGUAA